GUAUAUAUGGAGCAGCGGUUCUGACCGAGACACCACGACACUCCACCAAAGACUUACUGAGAUUGAGAACCUGACACACAAAAAUGUCUAAAGAACAAAAGUUAAGGCUCCGUGGACAUGGUGGAAAUGAUGAAGACUCUGAUAGACCCGAUAACAGACAUUUCCACCGUGGAGAUGAGGAAAGUGAUGAAGAGAACUCUGACAUAAAUGAAUUCGACGAGGCUACCAUAAAAAAGUCAAGAGCGCAAGAUACAUCAGCUGCUGUUUCAAGCGACAUCAUAAACGUGAUUGAGACGUAUUGCGUAGCGAGUGAAAACAAACCAGGAAAGAGGAUUCCCAAUAUUGGAUACAUGGGAGUGCAAGAUACAUCAGCUAUUGUUUCAAGCGAAAUCAUAAACAUGAAUGGCAUACCAGUGACUGUCAAUAUAGAAGGCAGUUAUGCUAAAGAAGGCUCUUAUGCCAAAACAGGAAUGAUGAUUCCCCAGUUUGGAUACUUUGCAGAAAGAGGAUUUGGACGAGUUAGUGCUGAAUGCAGUCUAUUUGCAGCAGAGGCAGAAGCCAAAGGUCCAAAUUCCUCAUAUAGUACUGCAGCCAGUCCGGAUGGAGUCGAAGCAAUGGCUCGAGUUGAACUCGCCAGUGCAUCAGUUAAAGCCGGUCCACUUGGUCUGAAAGUGGGAGUUGGAUUUGACACGGGUGCAUCUGCUGGUGUGGACGGGGUGGAGGCCAAAGUCCUGGGAACUGGAUUCACAAUUGGUUCAAAAAAUAGUAUAUCUGUUCUGGGUUCAGAAGCUUCAUGUUCAGUCAUGUAGUCACAGAGGUAUUCAUUAAUAAUUUGUAAUAAUUUGUGUAACACUUUACUACCAAACCAUGAAGACAAGCAUUUUUUUUUUUUUUUUUUUCAUUUUUUAAAUUUUUAACCAGUUUUAAUGCUGAAUUAGAAUUGUUAUUGAGUUAUAAAUACACAAAAUUAUACUUUUAAAUAAUAAUAAUAAUAAUAAUAAUAUGAAAUUAUAUAUAUAUAUAUAUAUAUUUUAGAUUUUAUAAUUCUACAAAUGUUAUGUUAGUGCGUAUAUAGCCUAGUGCUUAACAAAUGUAUUUGACCACCACCCAAUGCAAGGUUUGUACCACAGCUGUCCUAAACUAACAGUAUUGGUGACAGGGACGAUUCUAGGAUUUUCAUUUUAGGGGGGCUGAGCCCCCAAUGAGGGUAUAAUAAUAAAAAAAAUUAAAAAAAUAUUUACAAAAGAAUUGAUUGAAAAUUUGUUCAAAAAAUUGUAUAACCGUACUACAUAAAUUCAAUUCAAACUAUUUUUUUUUUUUUUUUUUUUAAUUAAUACAAAACACACACACAAUGUUUCAAUCUCUGUCAAUCACUCUGAUAUGCAAUUAAAAUAAGUGCACUGACUGAGUACUGUCGGUCACUGUCUUUAAUCAUUUCUAUGCAUAACUGUAUGGUAGUUAAUGCCACAUGCACUGUAAUAUUAUGUUCUAUAUUGAAAGCUAAAUUUUCAAAUGAAAAUAGCAAUAACGUGAUCGUUUUAUAAAGCGUUCAUAUGUGUUAAGGGCUUUAGCUGAAGGAAACAGCUGUGGUGUGAUCAAUGGUGAAUGCAGCGAAAACUUUACAGUAGAUUGGAAACCGAUUGCUCUCCCAUGACUUUUUGUAAACUGUAUUUAUGACAAAGAACUGCAUAGAUGUAGAUAUUAUAACAAUCUUUAUCGAUAAACACCUCCUUGUCUUCUCCUCUGCGCCACCGCAGUCUGUGGAUUAAAGAACGCGCAGAAAGAUGCGGAGGAGCCGAAGUCUGCUGCCGUUUUCAUUUGAAAUUAUAAGGGAAAGAACCGCAAGAUUUUUAGGGGGGCUGAGCAGAAAUUUAGGGGUGCUAAAGCCCCCCUAAAAUGGCCUAGCGAAGCCCAUGAUUGGUGAUUACCAAAAUAUUUUUUUAUGUUUAUGUGUAUGUGUAUUAUUUGCUAAAUAAAAUGCAUUUUUUCGAUUACUUUUAGAUUUUUAGAUAGAUAGAUAGAUAGAUAGAUACAAUUUUGAUGCAAUAAAUAUGGUAUAAUUUAACAAUGUUCAUCCCUCUAAAACAGAAAAAAAAAACAUCUUUCACAAACACGUCUGUCUCUAUUAAAGUGUUUAGUGUAUAUAAUGAGUUGUAUUUGUAGGGGUUAUUAUAGUAUAAUCACUCAUUUUCAAACCCUGGUUACAGUCUCUUGUCGCCAUCUAACAGAUCGCUUCUGAAUACUAAAUAGGCUACUAUUAUUAAUUAGGCUAUUACUAUAAUUUAUAUAAAAAUAUUAUUUAUAGAAUAAUAAUAGAAUAGAAUAGAAUAAUUUAUAGAAUAAUAAUACUUAAUAAACAACAACAGCCAUCAUGAAAUUUGCUAAACAAUUCAGUCAAAAGCACAUAACUGAACAUAAUUGAAUGCAUGACGCUAACUAAGCAUAUUACAUACAUGUACGUAUAUUACUGCCAAAUGGACAUUACUUUGUGGCUGAUAACAAUACUAUUGUAAAACAAACUGUAAAGCUGCUUGGAAACAAUGUGUAUUGUGAAAUAAACCUGAACGGAAUCAAAUGUUUAUUGCUUUUCUCUUAUAACUGUUAUAAUGUGUUUAUAGGACUUUCUGGAGACAAUCAGAGCCGGUUCUAGACAUUUGGAGGCUCUAGACAAAAUUCAUGUUUGAGGUCCCCCACUCCCAAUA